GGCGAGCGGCGUCUCGUCUGCCCGGCUCUCGAGGUUCUGCAUGCGAGGGAAGCCGUCUGUUCCGGCCGCGGGAGGUUUGUCGCGGAGCCUGCAAGAUUACCGGUUCAGAUUUUCCGUGUGACUGGGGCGGCAUCGUUAGAAAACAGGUGUGUGUCGAUCUCGGAAGUUUCAGCAGAACACGGAGGCGGCACUGAAUCUCUGGCGCUCCGUCGGUGUUUACAGUUCCGCGGGAGGGAGGGAACCAAGGCAACACACAUCGAAACAACACAUUCACGCGUAUAUAACUUUCCAGUUCAUAAUUGUAUAGAUCUACACGUAGAGUCUGUGAACAUCGCAUGCGUGCACGUCUACGCACUUCUGGAAAGCCGCUCCGUCGGGGCUAUAUAUGCGUUUUCAGCACGUGCGCGCGUUAUCUGUACUCGUCCUUGAGCCUGCCUCGCCAAGGAGUGCGUCGUGCCGUUGCCGUCUCGCACCAACAAGCCGGACGGCCCCCUGUCUUCCUUGGAGCGCACGCCGCUGGACACAAAUAGACCUUCUACGCUCUAGGCGACGCGUGCGCUCCUUUCGCGGGAGCCCUCCAAAAACCACUCGGCAUUUCUACGUCCUCUACACUCUGCUUUCGAAGCUCGUCGCUUCAUCCGUGCACUUCCCACGUUUUGGCGUCUCAAUCUUUUGCCGUUCUCGCGUGAGACGCUGCGUGUACAGUUUCUGA